CUCAGUUACGCGGACACUCAUCCGAUGUUCACAAGUAACAGCUUCCCGAAUUUCUUCAGAGUAGUGCCGUCCGAAAACGCUUUCAACGCGCCACGUGUAGCGUUGCUGAUGCAUUUCAAUUGGACCAGAGUUGGCACCAUCUAUCAAAACGAACCACGAUACGCUUUGGCGCACAAUCAUUUGGUCUCUGAUUUGGAUAAAAACAAGAUGGAGGUCGUGGAAACACAGAGUUUUGCAACAGAUGUCACAACGGCACUUGAGAAAUUGAAAGAAAAGGACGUAAGGAUCAUUCUUGGAAAUUUUAAUGAAAACUGGGCGAGAAGGAUAUUCUGCGAGGCCUACAAGUUCGGGAUGUACGGAAGAAAGUACCAAUGGGUCGUAAUGGGCAUUUAUGCAGAAGAAUGGUGGACUCGACCCGGUGGUGGUUGUGCACCCUCCGAGCUCGCGGAAGCUUUGCAUGGUGCCAUCUUGACAGAUCUCUUACCCUUAACAACCGAAAAGCAUUACACAGUGUCUGGCAUCACACCUGAUCAGUAUCAAGCCGAGUAUGAUUCGAGAAGGGGAAAGGAGUAUUCGAGAUUUCACGGAUACACAUAUGAUGGAAUUUGGGCGGUAGCGUUGGCUAUUCAACGUGCAGCACGUAGAAUACGACAUUAUCAUCAGAAUCAGACUAUAUCUGAUUUCAAAUACAGAGAUAAACUUUGGGAGAAGCUAUUCCUCGAGGCUCUCAAGAACACAAGCUUUAUAGGUGUAACGGGACCCGUGCAUUUCACCGAAAACGAGAGAAAGGCUUACAUCUUAUUAAAGCAGUUUCAAAGUGGUAGCGAAGUUAAAGUUGGCGAAUACGAUGGAAUGACAGACACUUUAGACCUGAGUAAAGGAGACUCUUUAGUUUGGAGAGGCAAAUCACCACCGAAGGAUCGAACCCUUCACAUCAUUGAACAUUCAACCGUGAAUAUUACAAUUUACGCAGUAUUGGCAUCCAUUGCAAGUGUUGGCAUCAUCAUGGCGGUCGUUUUCCUUGCCAUAAAUAUAAGAUAUAGAAAUCAAAGGUACAUAAAAAUGUCAUCGCCACAUUUGAACAACCUUAUCAUCAUCGGGUGUAUGUUCACAUACAGUAGCGUCAUUUUUCUCGGAUUAGACUCACAAUUGUCGAGCGUGACAGCGUUCCCGUAUAUUUGUACUGCAAGGGCAUGGCUUUUGAUGGCUGGAUUUUCAUUAGCUUUCGGCUCCAUGUUCUCUAAAACUUGGCGAGUGCAUUCGAUAUUUACCGAUGUGAAGUUAAAUAAAAAGGUUAUAAAAGAUUAUCAGCUCUUCAUGGUGGUCGGCGUACUCCUAUUUAUCGACCUCGGGAUCAUGACUACAUGGCAGAUCGCUGAUCCAUUUUAUCGAGAAACUAAACAGAUGGAACCUUACUUACAUCCCUCGAGCGAAGAUAUCAUCAUUAUACCAGAAAACGAGUAUUGCCAGAGCAACCGAAUGACCGUCUACAUGGGUUGUAUAUAUGCUUAUAAAGGCCUUCUAAUGAUUUUCGGUGCGUUCCUCGCGUGGGAGACACGACAUGUCAGUAUACCAGCAUUGAACGAUAGCAAAUAUGUCGGCAUGAGCGUUUACAACGUUGUGAUAAUGUGCGUUACCGGCGCAGCCAUAAGUUUUGUUCUUGCUGAUAAGCAAGACGCUAUGUUCAUUAUGCUAGCCGUUUUUAUCAUAUUCUGCAGUACAGCUACCCUCUGUCUCGUUUUCGUGCCCAAGCUGAUAGAGUUGCGAAGAAAUCCGCAGGGUGCGAUCGAUAAGCGAAUGAGACCAACUUUGAGGCCAGUAUCCAAGGCAAGAAGGGACUCCACGGUUAGCGAGCUAGAGGAACGAUUGAAAGAAGCUACAAUAGCUAAUCAAAAGUUUCGUAAACAGCUUUUGGAAAAAGACAGCGAACUUCAAAUGUUCCUAAGAAAAAUUGGUGAAGAUGGUGUAGCAGACACUCAGGAAGCCAUGGACAGACUAACUGUCCCAAGACAAGAAGGGAUCAUAAGGAAAGAAGAGCCCACUAUCCAGAGGCAUGGCAUUAAGAAUCACAAAGGUCCAUCUUUAACUACGGAAACAACCGAUAUUUCGAUGUCUAUGUGCAGCUUGACUUCGAUGACCGUAUCUCAAACGGAAGGAGACUACGUAAACGCGAGUGUCGUCGAACAGGCUGCAAAAAAAAAGACGAGCUUUGGGAAGGUACCGACCAUCGCAGUCGAUAACGAACGCUUACCAUUAAUUCUUCCGUCGGCAUUGAAGCACACUACUGUUGAGGAUACCGCUUGUAGGAAAAGUCAUAUUAUCGAUGAAAAUCAAGAUAGCGAACCGUUGCUCGAAAGAAGUCUAGAACUACGUUCGGAAGGUAAGAUGAACGUCGAAUUCGUUCCAGAGGCCGCCGAGGAAACUGAUUCAAUCGUUCUCGAAGAAACUGCAAUCCCACAAGACGCUAAAAUUAUUAUGAAAAAGGAUGAAGAGAGAGCGAGACUGCCGACACCACCACCUUCCAAAAAUGUAUCCUUCAGUGAAUUACAUGAUCAGGGAUACUCCGACCAACAUAUCCUUCCUCCGCCAUUACAAUUCAUUCCACCCAGACAUCGACAUUCUGGAUCAGUACCAUCACAUCAGUCUUUAAAAAGAAGAUCAUCCGUGAGGAAUGAUAUCUUGGCACAUUCUCAUCAUGAACUAUCGGAACGUCGAAGAACGAGCGUACCAAUUAACUCGAUCAGCUACAUUUCGACGGAGAACGUAUCCAAGUCGAGUGGUAAGAACAACAUUCAAACUACUUUCGACAAAGCAUACGUGAUUGGAGAGUGUGGCCAUCGGCGUAGUUUAGUUACCGGCUACAGAUGCGAAAAACAUGGCGGACGUGGACACAGUCACGCAAUGUUUAACGGUUCCGCUGAAACACCACCAGCACCGCGACGACAUCGUAAACAUCAUGAUUCCCACAAUGCCAGCUCGCCAAAUGUGCCUGCCGUGGUCAACGCGAGCUACUCUGAUACUGAAAGAUGCGAGGAGUUAGCUUCAGCGAUUAUUCAACGCUCGGUAUCAGAGAGAUCACGAGAAAAAUGUUUGCGUGGUCGAAGUGGUGGUCAUUCAAUCUCCGAGUGUCCUCACCGUGCUGCCACUUCACAUAAGGUUCGAGAAUGUAGACACACCGAAUCCAAGUUGCGUCAUCAGCAGGCUCGCUUGGAAUACGUUCAAAGUACUCCAAAUGUAGCGACAAUUCAUAAUAGCAAAUAUGCGAGUGGAAACUCACGUGCUGGGGACGUAGGUGGAAGUGGCGAAGGUAUCCUUGGAUCGGGUGGUGUGGGUCGUGGUGGGGGUGAUGUCCGUGUUGGGUCCAGAGCUGGACCUGGCAUUACGUCGAGUGGUGGGGAAAUAUACAGUGCUGCCUCCGACGGCGAACUCUUGGACCGGGCGAUAUUACUGCCGAUAUUUCAGAAGCUUCUUACCGAGAGACACAAAAGUAAUGCAAGAAGUGGGUACGGUGCUAGCAUAGCGAGUUGUCCGAAUAUAUCGAUAAAGUGCGACAUCGUCGAGUAUCUGUAAAAAUAUCUGUCUCUACUCGUUUUAUAGCACUCGAAGAAUCACGUUCUCCCGGAAAGAAAGACAUGUCUUUUUUGAUUCUACAUAAUAAUGUAAAUCUACAAGACUUCAUUUUUUCUUUUAUUUUAUUUUAUUCAUCUUUUCCUAUCGUCAUUUUUAUUAAAUAUUAUGGAUACAUGUAUAGUCAAGUAAAUUCUGUAAUAUAAAAUGUGUACGCAAAGUAUAUAUUUAUGAUUUUUUCAAGAGAUCGAACUGUAGUAAUGUUCACAUAAGUAUCACUUAAUCAGAAUAUUUUAUUUUACAGAAUCCCUUUUCUGUACGUCGACUUGUGAAUACACGUUUAACACAAUUAAAUAUUCAACUCGGCCAUUUGAAUAAUACGUCUGGAUCCUUUUAAGAAUUAAAAACGAAAAAAAAGGUGUAUCUUCACCGAGAGACUGAUACAUAUUAUUUAUUAUAUUCUUCUCGACAUUUCGGUCGAAAAUAAAUACAAAACCUGUCU